AUGGUUCUUUCACAUUUGCGGCAUCUGGAACUUCCACACAUUGAUAAAAAGAGGUGGCAAAAGCUUAAAGAGCUCUAUGCUGAAUUAGACGGAGUACAGAAUGCAAAAGAUCUAACUGUCGUUCUGGAAAAAUUAUACAAUGUAGCGGGGAAUAACAACGAACGUGUUUCUCCUGAUCGUUCAGUGGAGAUUUUGAAUUCCGAUGGUUUCGGGUCCAGCUGGUGUUUUGAAGGCUUAAAGAUAUUUCUUGAAGAGAUAGCAACGCCAGAAGAAAAAGAAGCAUUUUUUAUCUCAGUUCUUCCUUUCGCUGUCUCUUUGGCAUCGAGCGUUGACGAGUUUGCUCCAAGUGAAAGCAUUUUACUUUGCUCUCAACAGCGCGGUGAGUAUUGUUUACACACCUCCAACUAUUGGCUUGUGCAAAUGAUAGUUUCAUUUUGUUUUAAUUAAUACAAGUGAUUGAACCCAUUAGCGAUCAAGGAUUAAAUAAACUUAACUCGAAUCAUACCAUUAACCCCUUUAAACUAUGGGGUUUUUUACCUCAUAAUUUUAGCUCUGAAAAAAUUAGGGCUUGAUUGAUAACAAUUCUUGUCGACACACCCCCUGUUGAUUCACCUUAGGGUCGUUUACAAAUAUCUCACGACAAGACAAAGAUCGACAAAGAGCCCUAUUAAUGCUUUUGUGAUUUAAUACUUACAUGUUUUCAGUAUGAUGUAGUCAAUCCAUCUAGGUGAGAAAAGUUAAGUUAAUGAGAAGAAAUCGGGAGCCGGUUUUAAUUUGGUUUUUGUUUGACCCAUGCUGCAUCGUUGUGUAUGUUGUGCGCAGAUCAACUGAGUUCAAAUUCUAGUGAGGCCCCGACGUUAUUGGAGGGGGCCCACUCCCUAAAAAAGGUUAUAUGGGGAGGCUUUACCCAAUGGGGGUACCUUUUUCAUGCUUAAGGUAUAUAUAUGACAUUUCAGAUGUGAUAUGUGAUAUCACAACUGAACUUGAAUCAUUGGAUAAUGCAAUUCUAGAGCUCUGAUUGGCUUAGCCAUCAUGGUAUGUGAGCCAUCAUACCAUGCUCUCCAAAUAUGCUAACUCUACAGUGUCUGCUCAAAAUUAAAAACAAGCUGAAAUUGGUUGUUUUGCAAAUAAAGUCGGGAAAAAUUCUCAAUAUUUUGUGGGUGUUUUUAAUAAAACUAUUCCUCUCGCGCUUGUUGGAUAUGAGUUGAUAAUAGCCAACUCGGCACUACACGCCUCAUUGGCUAUCUACCAUCUCAUAUCCAGGGUUCGCACGCACCUUAAAGGUCCUUGAAGUCUUUUGAUUUUAAAAUAAAAAUUCAAGGCCUUGAAAAGUUCUUGAAAAUUGCUGUCAGUGCUGGAAAGUCCUUGAAUUUCGGUGCUAACUUUAUCAAACCCAGAUUCUCAAUUGCAUAAAAGGGGCAAACACAGAAAGACCUUCAGGAUGAAAUUGCUCAUGUUGUGGAGGAACUAAAAAAGACAGACUUAAGGCUCUUUUUUGCACUGAAUGGAGUCCUUGAAAAGUCCUUGAAAUUUCGGUUCAAAAAAGGGUACAAACCCUGCAUAUCUGAUGAGCACUUGUGGAAUAGUUGUUAAUUAACCAGAGCUUUGACACGGGUUUAUUUCUUGACGACUGGAAAAAGUCCAAAGUUUCUCCUGUGUACAAAGUGAUGAAAGAAAUGUAGCUGACAACUAUAGUCAUAGACCGAUAACAAUCUUGCUGGCAGUCUCUAUGGUAAUCAAGAGAACAGUGCAUGCUCAAGUCCUUGAAUUUUUCACGGAAAAUAAAUUUGAAAUAUCUAAAAUUAUGUAUUUUAUAGCACUGUGGUUAAUUGCUUAUAAUAACAAAUAUGGGAAAAAUUUUCUUCCUUUAAUCUUUACUAAAAAAGAAUUGUUAUUGCAGAUUCUGGUGUUGUCCUUGAGCGAAGAUUUAUUGCCUGCAUUCUAGCAUCAGCAUUUUUAUGUGCACUUCCUCCACCACCUGCCGACAGCCAAGUGAGGUCAAUCAACUUUGUUGGUUUUUUUGCAUGUUUUUACAGGUAUGUGAGUUGCCUAUGGAAUAGAAGGCUAGAUUGGCUUAACGAUCGUACCCUCCCUUCACUCUCUCCUCCACAGAGUCUACCACUGGAUUUCUCUAUAGCGAUAGCAAUAAUUGAAAAAAUAGAAAGCGUGUGGGGGACAAUGGGAAGAGGGAAAAGGUGCGCUCUCUUUUUCAUUCUUCCCAGCCUCCCCACAACACAGCAAGGCCUUUGCGGAGGGUAGAGCUCCCUUCAAGACAAUCAAGAGUUCCAGUAAAGCCAGAAAAGCCUAGCCAGCAAGCCUAGCUUUUCUGUAUUGACAGUUCCAUCCAGUGUGGUCUAUAUGAGUCAGGGUUGUCACUAAGAUUUCAAGUUGCCGGGUAAAUACAACAAGUAGGUGGGGAAUCGAACGGCUAGGCAUUUGUUGUGGUUCUAUUUUUCUUCUAUUUUCCAAUAAAAGUAGCUGGAGGCCACUCUCUUAGUAGCCGGGGAAAAUCCCCGGCCCCCGGCUCUUAAUGACAACCCUGUGAGUAAACUAUUUAAUACAUUUAGCUGUCACUUCUGUUCAUCAAAUGUUUGUAAAAAAAAUAGGUUACUUUCUUGGGAAUUCGACAAAUUUUUUUGCUUUAUUUUAUAUUAAUUUUAUGGGGUCUAGACAUUUAGCUUAAAGUAAAGUUUUUUCAAAAUGUAUGUUUUAAUGGUAUUUUUAUUAUUUCCAACAGCAUGCGCUCUUUCAUUGGUUGCUUUAAGGUCACAUGACAUCAAAAUAAUAAAUAUUAAUUAAUUAAAUUAAUUGAUUUUAUUUACUAUAUAAAAAUUUUUCUUUAGAGAGGAAAUCAAACAGACUCAAGCUGCCAAGCUCCGCUGUUUUCUUCACUAUUUUGAAAGGCUAAAAAAUGACUGGCCAGAUGUCAGAGGAAGAGUGUUCUAUAGUCGUCAGGUAUUAGCUUGUAGUCCAUUGUUACAACCUUAUGAAGUAUUUUUUAAAUUUUGUGAAUUUUAGGAAUUUGUCAUUACAAAUUGUAAAAAACACCUCCAUUAAAUUCUGUAUGCUGAACAACCAUCCACACGUUUAUUGAUGCCCUAGGAAAGAAAUGUUGUUUGAAUGGUCACAUUGCAGAAAUAGGCUACUUAUGUAGUACAAAACUAAUUUGGAUACUUUAAUAUUAUUAUGUUUUUGAGGUAAUACCAAGUGCCUCUCUUCCAAAGUUUGAGGAUUGGGAGUCCUGUGACUUACCCCUGUGUCCUGUUAUUAUUGAUAGUAAAGCUUCCAUUGAAGAUUCUGGAGAACACGUGCUUCAGGUACGUUUGAUAUGGUGUUGUAAUCUAUAUACAUGUGUUACAUGAACUGCAGUGUGGGCCAGUACACUGAGAGCAUUUAUGAUCAAAGAAUUUGCAGUGCGAUCAGAAAUGCUGAAUGUCCUGAUGGUAAUCAAAAUUAAAUUUGCGUUUCUCAUGAACAUUCUGAUUUGUGGAGAGGCAGAACAUGCAUUUGGCCGAAAUUAAAACAGACCAAAAAUUCUAAAUUUUUACCACACAGAAUUUUCUGACAAAAAAUAAUAGUAUCUAGCAAGGACAAAUUUAGGGAAAGAAGUAAAGGCCUAUUCUAGAUGAAUUUCAGGAAGAAUGGCUUAAGUAUGGCAGUUAUGGCUUGAAUGAAGUUAUUCAACUUCAAAGUCAAGGGAAUUCCUCCCAUCUGAAUAGUAUUUAAAUGUUGCUUGACUGCAACUGUUUUAAUAAUAAAGUAAAUACAUUCUAAGUCUUGUUAACCUGGUAUGUUUUUUCCCUUUUUUUAAAUGAUAUCCUUGAAAAGUUGCCAAAAAUUUUAAGAAUUUCCCCAACAUUUCUUCAGGAUAAUUUAUUCUAUUUUCUUAUAAUAUUUUUUUUUGAUCCCCACAUACUGCAAAACAGUGUCGUCUGGUACAAGAGUGAACAUAAUGAGCUAAUUUUACAAUCAUCAUGUAACAUAUAUAUCUGUGGAUCCUAAUUUAUAGGUUGACUUUGCAAAUCGUCUUAUUGGAGGAGGUGUUUUGGGCGGUGGUCAUGUUCAGGUAUUUUCUUACAUGUAUGUCACUUCUAGCCUCUCUGGGUCCUUUGUCUUAAGGGUCUUUCAGGGUCAAGGAGGCAAAAAGUGAAUUACUUACUUUUUGCUUACUGUCACAUGUGGCACAUGUGCGAGUAUGCAAUCGGGCACGUGAGCUAAGUUAGCAAACUUUUUAAUGGUAUUUAGUCUUCUACCGUGAAGAAGGUAGCAGUGCCGAAACAUCAGUUAAGACUCUUUUGAACAGUGUCGAUUUUGCAGUUUUCAAAUUAACAUUAAGGCAAAAAGUAUACCCUAUUGAUCAACACAUCCCCCCCAUAACCCACGUAUAUGUUGUGGUUCAAUUUUAUUCUUGGUUUAAUUUUGAUUUUCCUUUGUUUUUGGAUGUGGUAUUGUUUGAUCAUGAAUUAAGAACAAAGGAAAAUAAAAAUUAAACCAAGGACAAAACUGAACCCCAUUGUGUGGUUCCAGAAAAUAUCCACACCCCCACCACGGAGGGAAUUGGAAAUUCCAGGGGGGUGGGGGGGUCAGAGGCCCAGGAAAUUCCAGAAGGGAGUGGGGUUGGACCAUAAAAUCACUUUCCAGGGGGGCAAUAUCAUUUUGUUUUCGACCCGAGAUCGAACAUUGCUUCUUACCGACUUGGUAGAUCAUUUUUAGGACAUAAAUAACUUGAAAUAUAUCACUUAAGAUUGUUCCUUUUAAUCUUAACCAGGUUUCCUUUCUUCUAAAUGCGUUUUGGAUGUAAUUUCAAAGGAAUUAGACCGACUACAACUCGUUUUAUCGCAUGCUCAUAUAUUCGGCCGCCAUUACUCGUUACCAGUCUUCCCCCAAACAUUAACGCAUGCAACACAUCACGCAACACAACACGUUGCAUCAGUCGAUCGAUAGAUCAGAAGAGUGGCAAUUUUGCCUCACGAAGCACAAGCUAUACAUUGUACCCAUUUUAAAAUGAAGAGUUUUUAUUCUCCUUUUCAUUUACCCUUAAUUUUGUGGUUGAACGUGUGGCAUGUUCUUGAUCGAAUUCUCGCUGAAAUGGUGUUGAUUUCACCAAACAUUUAUACGGCCAUCGCGCAUCACGUCGCAUCAGUCGAUCGAAAAACAGUAAAUUGAACUCGGUUUCCCUUCAAGUAUCUUCAAGAUGCAGGCGGUAUUCAUUGUUAUCAUUUCAGAAUUCAGAGUUUUUAUUCUCCUCUUUGUUUUGCAUUAAUUUUGUGGUCGUAAGUUUGACUUGUUCUGCAUUCCCGCACGAAAUAGCGUUAAUUCCAUCAACAUUACGCCCAUGAGACGAAUAACAAAUCUAAGCUUGCCCUGAUUAAGGUAAAUUCACAAAUAUAACCGACUUAUUAACUUUCUCUGUUUCAUUUAAAGUAAGAGAUGAGCAAAAAUUACAGAUCAGGUUACUUUGUGGUGGUGUAGUGUGUUUUAAUGUUGCGAGAUCACUCAAAUAAAUGGAAACAGAAGCGUACAAGCUUCUGAUGGAAACCGUUGGGUACUAACCAUAAGUUGCCUCAUUCUUCUACUUUAAUAGUCUUUCUUCGUGAAAAUGAGCUUUUCCAGAGGGGUUGGGGGGUCUUUGUCACACUUGUGGAAAUUCCGAAGGGGUGGGGGGUCAUCAGUUCCCCGCAAAAAUGGAAAAUCCAGGGAGGUGGGGGGGUCCUAAGUGAAAUUCCCUCCGUGGUGGGGGUCUGGAUAUUUUCUGGAACUACACAUUAUAUACAAAUACCCACCCUCCCCUGCCACCAUUGUAAAAAAUUAUUAUACUGAUACAAAAUGUACUGAUGAUCCUGUAAUUUGGUGUGUGUUGUGAUUUCAGGAAGAGAUAAGAUUUUGUAUAAAUCCGGAGUUGCUUGUGGCUCGGAUUUUCAUGGAAGCCAUGCAAGACAAUGAAUGCAUUGUGAUCAGGGUAAGUUUCAACCAGUUAACUCUUAACCAGGGGUCAAUUAAAUAAAACUCUUACAAUUAUUGUAAUGUACAAGUGUAGCUAUUGUUUUCAGACUCUAAAACAAUUGCUGCACUUUUGAAUUACACUUGUAAACGUUUUAUCAAAUUGAUCCCAGAUCUGAGGAGAAGCAGCUGUAACAGUGCUGUUCAUUGAUCAGGGCUGACACUAAGGUUUUAAGUUGCUGGGUAUAUCUUUCACCCUUUAAGCCCUAAGAGUGAUCAGCAUCAAAUUUCUUCUCGUAAUAUCAAUGCUUUGUAAAACAGGGUGGUCAUGAGAAUUACGGACGUGAUCUCAUGUGAUGAAUUUGCUUGAUAUUUUAUCAACUUCUCCCCACUACUUCUGUAGGAAGUGAAUGGGGGCAACAAAUGAGAAUUCAAAUUUUGAUCUUAUGGUUUAAAGGGUUAAUAAAAACGUCAAUAGGUGGAGAAUUGAACACAGCUAGGAAUUAAGUUCUUUUGAUUUUAUUUUUCCUUUGUUUCCUAUGAAAAUGGACCACUGGGAAAUCCUCAGCCCCUAGUGGCAGCCCUGAUUAAUGACUGGAGCCAGUACACUGGUCCUCCAUUUCAUUUCUAUGGUUGAGGCAUAUGUUAGUUUGUCAGAGCUUCACUGUUCCUUUGUGAGCUGAGUUUGUCAUUGGUUGUCAGCCAUGCUCUUAACAGGUUUAUUUUCUGGACUUCUGUCCAGUUUUCAUUCUUCCACAGACACCUGUCAAAUGUUGACACUUAGAGUGCUUUAGUGCUGUGAAAAUUUACACAGUGCACUAAAAUCAAGUAAAUAUGCACUGAUUGAGUUGAAACUCUCCAACUUACUAUGUUCUGGACUGAUCUAAUGAAAUACUUCUAAAUAGCUUUCACCAGUUGAUCCUGGGUCUGUUUAUUUAUUAAUGAUAUCUUUGUCAUCCAUAUCAUCAUUCUCCUUUGCAUUAAGUUAUUUGUCCAUUGUGGUCAUAAAGAUGGUGAAAAUUCUCAUUUACUGGCUCUCUUCCAGAGACUUAAACCUUUUAGUGGCUUUGAUGUUCUGCAAUAAUGUAACCUGGUUUACUUUUGUUUUGAGUCUCUUACAUGUUAUGUUCAUCUUUUCAGGGUGUUGAAAGGUUCUCAUCAUAUUCUGGAUAUGGAAAGACUUUUGAGUUCAAAGGAGAUUUUAAGGAUCAAUCACAGGUGGAGUAUGCUCCCUCCCUUCCUCCUAUUGUUUUCACUACCAUCCAACCUUCGAAAUUACUCAAACAUUACUGGAAUUGAUUUCCGUCAAUCCAACAGUUUAAAAGUGGCAGUAGUUGUAGGAGCCCUUUGCACUAAUUGAUUGACAGAAAUCAAUUUCCAAGUGGUUUUGACUUCAGAGUUUGAAAAGUAGUGAAAAUAAUGGUAGCCCUAAUAGUGAUUAACUUGAGGAUUGCUGACAUCUCGCGAUGCCACCACUGGUUUCCCCAAGAAAUGGUGUCUGAGCAAUGACUGUAAAAAAAAUUCCAUACUGAUGACGUGUCACUACACACAUAUCGGUGGCACUUCUGAUUGGUCCUGUCACAAGAGAAAUUUGCUUGAGAUUUGGGUAGUGAAUGUCAUCAGUAUGGCAUUUUUGUGCUUGUCCUCAGACGUCAAUUUCCACAGAAACCAACAGUGGUGUCAUGAAAUGUCAGUUGUUUUCUCAGGCUAAAUGGUGAUCAUCAACUAUAUUCUCCUUACAGCAAUACAAAGCCAACAAAGAGGAAAAAGAGAUUCUUAAUAUUAUUUUGGGAAUUAUGUUUAAAAACCGGAAGCAUUAUUUUUCUCAUUAAUUUUAUAUCUGGUUAGUUCAAACAAUCUGGAGGUCUGGGGUUCAAGCCUCGCCCUGGUGCUCUAGAUCUGUAGUAGUGAAGGUAGGUCAUUUUUGAACAUGACUGAGAAACAUUACCAGACCCAGGAUGCCACCCUGAGGUACACCCCUUACCUUACCUAGUUCAAACAAUUUGAUCUCUUUUGGAUGAAACCAACAGCUAUUGUGACAAGGCUGCAUUGCAAAAUGGCCAGAGAAUUAAAGUUUUCACCAUUUACGUUUUUCAGCUUGAUGAAGAUGGUAACUUUCAGACGACAAUAGUGGCAAUCGAUGCUACACAGUUCAAGAGUAAACCCAGAGGAGUACAGUAUGAAGAAUCAGCUCUUGUUAGAGAACUUAAUAAGGCUCUUGUUGGUUUCUAUAAUCCAGAAGUUGGCUCAGAAAUCAUUCGCAGUCCCUCAGGUGUGUAUUACUUUAUCAAGCUGCCAGAUGAUUUAUUGCUGGACAAAAAAAUGAGUGACCUACCGAGAGGCACGAAUUUUUGCCGGUUCUAAGUUUUGCGAUUUGUGCGACUUUUCCAGCACUCCGCAAAAAAAUUACCGCCAACAUUUUCCCCAAAAAAUUUACUCCAGAGUGAAUAUUCUCUAAUUGAGUUCGCUGCACAAAAAUACACUGCUAAGAAAUUGUGUCUGUUCGUGUUUGUAAUCAAAUGACAAAGAAAAGGAAUCUGUUUACUGGUUUUACAUAGGGUAUGCACACCGUAGUAUUGUUUGAAAAUAUGUAUUUCCCUUGCACUUUCGGAAAAUCGCAAAAAUCAAUUCUCUGCAAGAAAAGCCUUCUGUCCUAAUGACAAGAAUUAGUUCCCGCAGAACACAAAGAAUUGCCAGUCCCUCAAAAAUUUCGUGCCACACGGUAUUAAACACCUCUCAUCCAUUAGUUAUGUGUAUGAGUACCUCGCACUCCACGUUGAAGACAUUUUAACGGCGUGAACUGCCUGGCUUUCUUGAGAACGCCUUCAGGGGUGAGGGAAACGCCUUGCUCCCUUCCCUCUUUGCUGGGGUGGUUUGACUCCGUGGUUGUCUCUAGUAACCCCUACUGGGUGUAUUGUCUACAUUAUUUUUAUACCGGAGCUCCGCGCGCGCGCGAGCGGAGCCCCAUACCUAAGAAAAAUUGGUAGUCUAUCCAUCCCAGAAAUUUUGGUAAUCACGUGACCGUACGCCCGCACCACAGGGUAACCAAUGUGAAAUAUUAAACUUUCUAACCAGUGUGGGGGCCUGUAACCUGGGUUUAACUUGAUAAUAGGCAUCCAUAUUAUGGUCAUUUGACAGCUGUCAAAACAGGGUAUCCGCUGACCAGUGUCACUUGACGGUAUCGCAGGUUAGGUGCUAUCAAAGUCAUGUGUAUUGUUUAGGUUUUCCGAAGGCCAGUUAUUAGCUUUUAAUUGAUCGCAGGCUCAAGCUUAUGUUUUUUUGUCAUAUGUUUCUCCCCUAAAGUUAAGUAUAUAUUUUUGGAUUUCUUUGCAAUGAUUUAUUGAUUGAUGAGGUAAAUUGAAAAUGCAUAAACGGGAGCUUCACUUUCACCUCCGGCUAAAUCUAUGUAUUACAUUAGGUUCGUACCCCAUUAAAUGCAGUGACUUCCUUAUCUACCUUAGAGACCAACUGACGUAGGUGAUUACCUUUUGUGUUCUUACUUGUCUUUACAGAUGUAGAAUGUGAAGAUUCUUCUUCUGAAAGCGAAGUUCAUGUAGUUUCUUCUGAGGAAGCUGGAGACUCUGUGGACGGGACCUCCUCACCAGCCCAAGAAGCUGGCGAAUUCCAAGCGUUCAGUGCUAACCUUGUUCGUCUUGCUAUCACUCAAGCCUUCAACGAAGUAGAUUCAAACAAUAAUUCCGUCUCCGAGAACUUUGAAGACGGUGCUGAUGUAUUGACUUUCGUCAUGAAAAAAUCUCUCAACGGAGUCUUCGGGAGCAAACCAAAUAAAGCUCGCAGAUAUUCGGAAAAUCUUCUCCCUCCGACGCCAUUACCGAAGUGUUUGACACGCACCAUUAGUGGGUCUAACACACCUGUCGUUCCCGAGACUCCUCCGUCGUCGCCUGCCGUGUUUAACCUGGAACGAACAUCAGCGGAUUCCCUUGGUUUCCAGACCUCUUUAACGGCCUCGCAGUUUUUUUCUAUGAAAAGCUUCGCUGAUCCACUUUAUAACUCUUUGCUGUCGUGUGUUGAAUUAACGUCAUCUCUCGCGAGUGACAUAGCAACUGCCGCUGUUUUACCUAUAGGAGCAGCCGCAGGCUCGAAGGAAUCGUUUCAAAAUAGUCCCAGGAAUAUCAGGUCUCCGGUUAAAAAUGGGGAUAUGUUAAUUUCCUUUUUAUCACAGAAGGUAUGUCAAUCAAAGUCACCUCCGAACGCCAAGCAUUCUUAUGGUUUUCACUUCAACGACUUUGUGGACGAUUUGACGUCGAUAGUAAGAACAACAAAGAAAGAAAGGUAUUAUGAUAAGUUAGAUAGCUCUGUGGAGUUUCCUUACUGCAAACAAAACCUUCUGAAAGAGUUUACAGAUUCUCAAGAGUCAGCAAAGGCCGAACGUCCUGCCAUCAUGAUCAACGGAUUGGACUGUUCGAAUGCAAAACGCUUAGAAUCUUAUGCGAGCGAGCUUUCAAGGUCAAUCGUUGGUUCAGCUAUCAGUUCGUCGGUUUUCCUGGGUACAGAAAAUUUAACAAAUGAAAGUAAAGGAACUGCGCUGGACAACGAAGAACUCAGAACCGAGUCUGUCACCCCGGAUGACAGUGAUUACCAUGAUGAUGAUUACCAGAGAGCAGUGGGUUGUGGGAUGGAAACCCGUGGUAACGGUAUCAUUGAGGGUCACGUGUACGCCUUUGUAGCGGAAGUAAUAUCAGUUGCCUUAACGGAAGCUGCAGUGCUUUGUGGUGAAACCGGAAAUGAAGAGGACAGCGGUAAAAGGGACAAGUCAUCUCAGAAUGAGGAUGGAGGGAACAAUGAAUCAGAAAAUCAAAUAAAAGGUGAAUCCGAGGAGAGUUCGUCAGAGUCAUCGGAGGAAGAACGGAGCGAUCCGAACGAAGCUAUACCCUCUAUAAACACCUCAAGCCAGCUCUCACAUGAAAUUACCGACCAUUUGGUCAAUAAACUUGUGGAAAGUAUACUCUCAGAUAGCCUAGCGAAAGCUUCGAAGAUGAUUAAAAGAAAAUCCAUGGAAGUGAUAAGCAAGAAUGACUUAAAUUGUCAAGAAGAAACGCAUCUUGAAAUCGAUGAAUCUGCGGCAGAGGAAUCUUCCUUUUCAGAUGAGGAGGUGGCCGAGGAUGGGGCUAUGCAGAGUUUUGCAGAAAGCUUUAGUAGUUUAACAGUGUGUGGAGCUGUGGAAAUUGCAAAAUCAUGUUUAGAAUCGCCUAAUGCAGAACCCAGAGUACGCCCUAUAGCAACAGGAAACUGGGGGUGCGGUGUGUUCCGGGGGGACCCUGAACUCAAGGCUCUUAUUCAGUGGGUAGCUGCAUCAGCUGCUGGGUGCCCUGUGAUUGUUUACCAUACUUUUGGCGAUAGGAGACUGCUGAGGGUAAGUGUGGGACUAUGUUGUGGCUUAUUACAAAAGAAAACUAUGAUGAAGUUAACCCUUUAGGUCCCAAGAGUGACCAACAUCAAUUUUCUCCUAACAACAACAGCAGAUCAUUAAGAGUAAAGGUUAUGAGAAUUACUAAAUUGAUUACCAAAGGGAGAACGCUUUGAUCUUAAACCAAACUCUCUCCAUUAUUCUGAAAAGACAUGUAUGGAGAUCAGUCUGGAGAAUUUGUAUGUGGAUCUUGGGGCUUAAAGUGUUAAGGUGGCCCGUUCCUAUUUAUAUGUGUGUUGGUUAUGUUUUUGAUUCGCGUUUUUCAGAAUAAAAGAUUCAACCGAUUUCUACGAUUUUUUGCAUCCUUAAUAAGUAAUGAUGGAACUUUAAGAAAAUGUUAUUCAUUUUCUUAUAGGUGUAAAAACUUUUGAGAUAUCGGCAUAUAUUUAAAACCUCAUUUUUACGAAAAAUGAAAAUAACUUCGAAAUCCCACGACAGAUUUUCCCUAACUUCAGCAAAUAAGCCUCAGAGCUCUCUAGUUUUAUGUCUGCAAGUUUGAAGGCAAUCGUGACCGUAGAAAUCACUCCACAAAAUGUUGGUCAAAUUUAAUGCUAAAAUGAUACGCUAACACAUUUGUGAACGUAAAGGCACAAAUAGCGGAAGAGAGCUGACAAACUAUCUCUUAACUGAAACGUUGUUCUUACCCAAAGCAUUGUUGGAAGAAAAUGAGUAAUCGGACAACUACGGCGAACACAGUUAGCGCUUUAAUAAAACCAACUUUCUGCUACAUGCGCGCUGAAAUUUAAAAUAUUCUAUUUAUCCAACUUACUCUGCAUUUGUCCGUUCAUGUUCGACAAAAAUAUUAAGAAAAAAAACACAGCAUCUGCAGAAACCGCUUGGCAGUUUUUAGCUUCAAAGGUUCUCGUUCUGAGGCGAAAUAAGCCCGCUAGUUCUAGAGCACCUCGCCAUCCAAUUUUCAACUGCAAUGAAAACCCUCUGGCAUGAUAAUAUAUUCAAGAUCUCUGACUUUCCUAUCACAUGCUCACAUGAGGUUUUAAAUAUAUGCCGACAUCUCAAAACUUUUUAUACCUAUAAGAAAAUAAAAAACAUUUUCUUAAAGUUCCAUCAUUAUUUAUUGAGGAUGCAAAAAAUCGUAGAAAUCGGUUGAAUCUUUCAUUCUGAAAAACGCAAAUCAAAAACAUAACCAACACGCAUAUAAAUAGGAACGGUCCACCUUAAGGAGCCGUGUCACGACAUUUAUCGGAAUUUUCACCAAAUUCAGUGAAACUUAAAAAUAACUGCUGAAAACACUAAAAAGAAGUAUAAGUAGCACGGAUGAACAAACGCAGAGAAGAUUAAAAUGGAUUGUAGUUGGGGUUUUUGGAAAACUUGUUAACCUAACACUAUAUUUUCAAAGUUCAUUUUUGUUUCUUUAUUUGAUUGAUCACACCACCUGUAGGGAUUACCCCUACAGACUCAAAACUUAGAGCUACAUACUAAACAAAUAGUACGAUGUGUACACAAUUCCGGAGAGGUUUCAUUUGAAUGGUCACACCUCCAGAUUUCAUUCACAGACUGGAAAAUUUGAAUCACCUUGUACAGCAUGAUAAACGGUGCAAUUGGAAAGCACUGCACAGUAGCCUUCAUUUGAAUGGUAUCACUUUUCGAUUUCUAGCUAAAUAAAGCAUAAAAACCGCAUCAAAAGUAUCGCUCAGUAGCGUUUUUUACGUGGUCACACCAUAGGAUUUUAUCCACAAACUCAAAAGGUAUUGCCAUGUUGCAUGCCUUCGUAAUAGUCUCCGGAAAAGAGACACUUAAGCAUCUUUCAUUUGCUGUUUCGUGCUGCUAGAUUUGACUUAUUGUUAAAUACUUGUCGCCUUUUUUCUCCAGCUUCUCAGGACACUCACCUGCUUACUCUCACGUGGCUGGAGAGUCUCUGACGUCAUCCAGGGAAUACUCCGAUUUCGCAAUUCUGCCAGAAAUGGAAAAGACGAUUCAAUGGGCCAUCAGAGGCUGCUGUCUUUUCUUUGCCAUACGCCUCAAACCUCAUUGUGAAACAAUAACCUAGAAACGCUUAAUUACUGGUCCCUCGUGAAACAGUUAAUUUUGUUUCCCGAGAAUCUCAGAGAUUCGAGGGAAGCAAAAUUAACUGUUUCCCGAAGGACCAGUCUUCUUAAAAGUGAUUUGUUAUAUAG